GCAUGCGCCCCACCUUGUUUCGAUCACGUGACGUGAUCUUGCGAAGAUGGUGGAAGUUUCCUCUUCCUUGAAGUGAAUCCCCGAGUGAAACCUUAACAUCCCGCACACCUAGGGAAGGGGGUUCGCCGCAGCGUUACCAGUUUGGUUUUACAGCCUCCCUUCCGAUCUGGGCCUUCACCCCAGCCCUAUGUCAUGGCAAGUGGAGUCACCAAGCCGAGCACUUCCAAUGGUUUACCUAUGAAGGCACAGCUGCAAAUCAUUGUGCUAUCAGCAAAACUAAAAGAGAACAAGAAAAACUGGUUUGGUCCCAGUCCUUAUGUGGAAGUGACAGUCGACGGCCAGUCCAAGAAAACAGAGAAAUGCAACAACACCCACAGCCCCAAAUGGAAGCAGCCGCUCACUGUGAUUGUGACUCCAUUCAGCAAACUAGUGUUUCGCGUCUGGAGCCACCAGACACUGAAGUCAGACGUGUUGCUAGGCAUGGCCACGCUGGACGUCAGUGACACGCUCAAGUCCAACGACAUGACAAUCUCGGAGGUGGUGCAGACCUUGCAGCUGUGUGCAGACAGAGAAAUGUCCGAUGUGGUUGGAGACCUGUCUGUCUGCCUGGACGGCAUGACGGUCAACGCCGAGAUGUUUGCCGCGGCCGAAGCCGACCAUCACAGUACAUCAAAUGGGGAGUCAUCGCAACCCAAUGGGGAUCAUGUCAUAAGGCGGAGUCGGGAUAGCUCCCCAGCUGUGGAUGCUGUAGAGCACAGGUCUUCUCCCAGUGGCCAGAGGUCAGCUAACAGCACAGGCUCUCCUUCAGUGUCAUCAGGGGGCUCAAGGCCUCUGCGACCACCCAGGCCCUCCAGACCUCCUCCUCCAACCCCACGUAGACCCACCUCUUCACCAGCACCAUCCAGUAAUGGCUCUGCACCAGCUGAUGGCAGCGAUAGUCAGUCUGGUUCUGAUACACCAGUACGGACACCAGCCUCGGCACCCUCACCAGCCCCAGAAUCAGAUCCAUCGACAGGCUCAGACACAAACUCCACACCGGCCUCCAGCUCUGGAGCUGCUGCAACCAGACAGCCGGCCAGCAGCAUCAACCCCGCUGUCAUCCCAAGAGUCCCCGCUGUCAACGCUGUGCCGUUGCCCCCUGGGUGGGAGCAGAGGGUGGAUCAGAACGGCAGGUUGUAUUUUGUCGAUCACGUGGAAAAGAGAACAACGUGGGAACGCCCUGAACCACUUCCCCCGGGCUGGGAACGUCGUGUCGACCAGAUGGGGCGGGUCUACUUUGUCGAUCACAUGACGCGAACCACCACGUGGCAGCGGCCCACAAUGGAGACGGUGCGUAACUACGAGCAGUGGCAGCACCAGCGCAGCCAGCUACAGGGCGCCAUGCAGCAGUUCAACCAGAGGUUCAUAUUCGGGCUACAAGACCAGGGCUCAGCCACUCAGAAUAAGGAUUUUGAUCCUCUUGGGCCUCUGCCACAUGGAUGGGAGAAGAGAACAGACACGAAUGGCAGAGUUUAUUUUGUACAUCAUUCUACACGUACAACACAGUGGGAGGACCCACGAACACAGGGUGUGCUGAAUGAGAAGCCACUUCCAGAGGGCUGGGAGAUGAGGUUCACUGUAGAUGGCAUUCCCUACUUCGUAGACCACAACAGAAGAACAACCACCUACAUUGACCCUCGCUCUGGGAAAUCCUCACUUGAAAACGGACCUCAGAUCACCUACGUUCGAGACUUUAAAGCCAAAGUACAGUACUUCAGAUUCUGGUGCCAGCAACUGUCAUUGCCUCAACACAUCAAGAUCACCGUAAGCAGAAAAACCUUGUUUGAGGACUCCUUCCAGCAGAUAAUGAGCUUCAAUGCUCAGGAUCUGCGAAGGAGACUAUGGAUCAUCUUCCCUGGAGAAGAAGGCCUUGACUACGGAGGCGUGGCCAGGGAGUGGUUCUUCCUGUUGUCCCAUGAAGUUCUGAACCCCAUGUACUGCCUGUUUGAGUAUGCCGGUAAAGAUAACUACUGUCUCCAGAUCAACCCUGCCUCCUACAUCAACCCAGACCACCUCAAGUAUUUUAAGUUCAUAGGACGCUUCAUUGCCAUGGCUCUUUUCCAUGGCAAGUUCAUCGACACUGGUUUCUCAUUGCCUUUUUACAAGCGCAUCCUAAACAAGCCAUUGGCCCUCAAAGAUCUGGAGUCGAUAGACGAGGAGUUCUACAAUUCUCUUAUGUGGAUCAAGGAUAACAACAUCGAGGAGUGUGGACUGGAGAUGUACUUCUCUGUUGACAAAGAGAUCCUGGGGGAAAUCUCCACCCACGAGCUGAAACCUAACGGAGGAGACCUUCCAGUCACUGAGGAGAACAAGGAGGAGUACAUCAGACUGGUAGCAGAGUGGAGGAUGUCCAGAGGAGUGGAAGAGCAGACGCAGGCUUUCUUUGAAGGCUUCAACGAAGUCCUCCCUCAGCAGUACCUGCAGUACUUUGAUGCUAAAGAGCUUGAGGUGAUGCUGUGUGGUAUGCAGGAGAUCGACCUUGCAGACUGGCAGAGGAACACUAUCUACAGACACUAUGCUCGAAGCAGCAAACAGAUCGUCUGGUUCUGGCAGUUUAUAAAGGAGAUGGACAAUGAGAAGAGGAUGAGGCUGCUGCAGUUUGUCACCGGUACCUGUCGCCUGCCUGUAGGAGGCUUUGCCGACCUGCUAGGAAGCAAUGGUCCCCAGAAGUUCUGCCUUGAGAAGGUGGGGAAAGAAAACUGGCUUCCCAGAAGCCACACGUGCUUCAACAGACUGGACUUGCCACCCUACAAGAGCUAUGAGCAACUGAAGGAGAAGCUGAUGUUUGCCAUCGAGGAGACAGAAGGCUUCGGACAGGAGUGAGAGAAACCAGGAGAAGUUUGAAUAGUGGGUGCAGCAGUCUGAAGGAAUAUAGACCACCAGAGUUCAAAUCAGGGAGCCUCUUCAGAAAAAAAGCGGGUGUUUUAUCUGGUUCUGCUCAUGCAUGCAUGCACACACCUGUAUGGUACUUCUAUGGGUGCGUGUGUGUGAGACUGUUGCCUGCAUGUUGUUGCAAAGGAGCUGGGAUUUGCGUCUACGCCAUGCUCGCAGCAGGCCUCUCAAUGCUUUAUUGGUAUGUGGAAAUUUAGUAUUCUUUUAAACCAAAACACAGAAGGUGCUCCGAAUCUCUCAGAAUGUGUGACAAAUCAUGCAUGGGAUCCUGAAAACUCACCCUGCGUGACCAUCUGUUUUAAUAGGACUGCAAUAGUUUGUCCUUCCCGCACAUCAUCAUCAUGCAAUGGCAACAGGGUGGCCUGAAAUCUCCACCAGAAGGGUCACAGGUUGUAACGGUAGCGUCUCCUCAAGGUGUCUUUGACUAGCUGAUUUAUUCUUAUUAAGUUGCUCUGCAUUAAAGCAUCUGUCAGUGUUUAUUUUAUAGUGAGAUUAAGAGGGUGCACUUAUUUUAAGGGUUAAGUUUCACCAAAAAGCUAACUUUGUUGCUCUCAGAUUGUUUGUUGCAUCCGCUUUUAGCAUCAUCCACAUUGUCAUUCCCCAUCAUAUCCUCAUAUCUCUCAUACUUUCAUCUGCAUAUCUACUCAUGACUAAAGUGGAUCUUGUUUUUCUUCUUCUUUUUUUAAGUAACGUGUGACAAUAUAAGAUGAUAGCUUUGUCAGAGUGAAUUUAUAAAGAGUGCCCCAAAAUAUUGCUAAACUAACAGAUGAUCUUGGUGCUUCAAAGAGAUUUGGGCAUCAUGCCAGGUAUAGAACACAAGAAAGAAAGUGUUUGUGUUCCCAGUUCUAUAGUAUGUGAUCUACAAAUCACCUAAUAAUUGUGAAAAGUGUUGUAACCUCCAUUAUUUAUAGUGGAAGUUAAUGAGAAUGACCCUAGUUUUAUAGGGCCGUAGUAUUGACGCUGUGAUGGGGUAUGGGAAAUCUUGGAUUAGAGUAUUCUGGGACUACUUUAUAAAUUAUUCAUCUUAAUAUUGACUUCAGAAUUAUUUAACACCUUCCUUAAUUUUAAUUAAUUGGGUGAUCUGAAGAUAUCCAUUUGGGCUGAAGUAUUUUAAGGUAUUUGUGUAUUUAGUACUCAAGAUGUACUUGACUUAAUGUAUCCGAACUUUAAAAAUGAUGACUAAACGCAAAAACCAAGUGAAAAACACCAAAUGCAAGUCAAACUACAUCUUAAGUUUAGGUGAAAUCCUUUAAUAACAUUUUGAAUGCUUACUUUGCAAAAACAAAUGCUUGUAGCACCUAACACACAUGUAGCAUUUAAAGGUGAGUUAUGGUAAUUACUAUAUUUUAACUUGUCUUGCCCUGCAGCCAUCCACAAAAGGAAUGGGGAAAAAACGCUUUUAGGAAUUUAAUAGUCUCUUUCAAAAAAGAUGCAGUGUGAUAUUUCAAAGUUGUGUCUUCCCUUUUAAACUUAAAGAAACAUUUUAUAUUUUCCCCUUGUAGCAGUCAAAAUCCAUUUUCAUUUUGUUUUACAAAGAAACUGCUUCACAAUUAGGGUCUGAAACACAGUGAAGCUGUGUUUGGGUAGGUGUUAAAUGUUAAAGAUUAAUAUAUGAUUUCCAGUGGGUUGAUAAUGGAUCCCAAGAACAGCCAAUGUUGGUAGAUUACCGUUCACUGAUUAGAGAUGUUUGUGCACAAAGAAACCUCCAGAUGCUUUACCAAUGUGGAAUCCAACAUUGAGUGUGUUAUUGUAUUGUAACUACAAACACGUUUUUGGUUUGGUUGAUGUCACACAACAUCUGAUCAGUAGCAGAGUUUUAAAAGAUGUUUGGUCUCAUUUUACAGAGAAAAAACCCCACCAGAUAGUGCAGUUGCUUAUGUUCAAGUGUCCUACACACUAAAAAGACAGGUGUGGUGAUUGAGGAACAUUGGAUUUGGGUGUUGUUGAUCUGACAAAGCACAUCAACAUUUUUUUUUUUUUAAACAACUUUCUUUUCUUCAGUAGGGCAUCCAGUCCUGGUUGUUAGGAUUAGUUGCUCUAAGCUCUUUAUCUCCACAUGCAUGGAGAGAUGGUGCUUGCCAUUAGUUUCCAGCUAGCCUUUUUUUCCCACCCUCAGGCAUCAGGUAUCCUUUUUUUAGUAGUCUCUAUAAAUGACGUUCUACUUCCAGGACUGCUCCGUUGCCGUCAGAAAUUCCGCCACACAGCCGGAUAGCCGUUGCCUUAAGUUUUGUUUGCGUUGGAAUUUUAACCUCUGGUGGAUUUAUGAGGACCAUGGUAACCUGCUCCUCAGAUCUCUGCAGGCUAAGUCCAGACAGCUAGCUAGACUAUCUGCCCAACCUAAGUUUUCUGUUGCACAUCUACCACAACUUUUGAACGUAAACACGUUCCACCAAAACAAGUUCCUUCUCGAGGCUUUUUUUUGCAGCGGCACCGCAGCUUUUCCCGGUGCUUGGCGCCGCCCAAUACGAUUAUGAUUGGUUUUUUAAAAAAUGCCAAUACACCAGAGCACGUUUGUCUCCCAUCCUGGAAUGCUGUGUGGACUUGCCAGACCCUCCUCCACAGUGCCGGGGAGGAAGGUCUGCAAGCGUGACUACCUUUUAAGCACCUUGAUGCCAGCAGAAAUGAUUGACCACAAAGGCUUUAUUGUCAAAUCAAUAGUCUGGACUCUGGCGCCAAUCAGUUCUUCUUGACCCUGCUGUGGAGAAUUAACCAUACCAAGAGGAGUUUGAGAAGGUCUUUUUUAAGAAACUGCACUUGUUUGGAGAAGCUGUAAGACUUGAACUGAUGACACACGCCCUGUCUCGCUGGCAAAUUUUGACUUCAGCUGGGAUAACAACUACUGAGACAAAGUCAGUGUAAUAUUACGAAUGUAUCAUAAUGAAAUAAAUUGAUAAAGUUGCCUAUUUACAUCUUUGCCUCAGAUUGUUAUCCCGGAUGCAGAGUCUUUUAAUCUUGUUUGGGUCACCCGCAUAUUAAAAUCCCAGGAACAUAGAAGUUUAGCAAAUAUGUGAAUAUCAUAAUUCAUCACAUCUUUUUAUUUUUCUGUUCUUCAGAAGUCUACAUGUACAACUAAACCACUGUCACUCUCCUGUAUAUGAAAACAAGUUGUAAAUGGUGUCAAUAACAAAUUUUCUUUUGUAAAAGAGAGGUUUUAAUAAGAGGUUUAUGGUAACACUAUAUUUUCUUUUCCGUUAAAUUGCUGAUGUACAUGAAAGAUGUGUAAUAUAGAAAUUGUCACCUUAAUAAAUUAAAUUAAAAA